AUGCCUGAUGUCUGGACCAUCUAUCUCUCUCUCUCCCUCAUCCCCAUCAUUCCCCUCCUCCUUACGCUCCUCCCGCACGCCCUACCAUCCCGCCUGACCUCCCUCAGCCCGAUAUCCCGAGCUGGACCUAUCGGCGUUUCCCUCAUCUGCUUGGAGAUAAUACGAGCUGGAAAGACACUCUUAUCACAGCAGAUUCUGGAGGGAUCACGGCGUGAUGGAGGAUCGCCCGCUGUGAUACUGAUGUGCGAAGUGGAUACUGUCAUAUCUGCGUAUCUCUCUACUGCGCUCUUCGCUCAUCUUCCGAUGAUAGCAUACUCCCUCCUAAAGUCAUCGCCUACCCCAUCCAACCCACAGCCCUCGGUACCACGAACACGCUAUCUCAUCUCUCUCAUCUACUCCUACGCGCUCAUCCCGGUCCUGCCGAUUCUGGCCGACGCGGGAAUGGAAGGCUUCAGCAAGAAGGCGAUACCCGGAGGUGGAAGCGUAGGCGGGGGUUUUGGGGAAUGGUGGGGUCUCUACUGUGUUGAGCGGGAUCCAUGGUGGAGGAUAGGUGUUUCCGCAUAUUUUGUCUUGAUGGUGUAUACCUCGUAUCCCGGUCUCUGGCGGACUUACCGGCACUGGAUGCGUUUCUCGCUCGCACCCCCAGCCAACGUCCCGGUCGACCACCCGGACCCGCUUGAUCUCCCUUCGUUCUGGACAAGCCACAAGCCGCGCCGGCCGACAUCCUCCUUCUACGCCCCACCGACGCCUCCCCGCCGUUUACGGUCCACAUCUAGGAAGCAGCCAUCGAGGCUGCAGAAGGCGCAGCUUCCGGUGGGACCAGAUGAGAAGGAUGGCAUUCCGGCAUUACAAAUGCGCUACUUUGUCGACAGCGUCUAUUCGGACUCACCACCGCCCAUCUCUCCUUCAUCGGUAUAUACCAAAACGACCUUCCCUACGCUCACGGCUUACUCGAGCUGGACAGCCGUCAGCGCGGUGCCCGUCGAGAAUGGCCGCUCGGGCCUAUUCGUUCCCACUCGUCAUCCCCUCCGGCUUAGCCGGAUUUUACCCUCCCAACCAAGCCCAUCCCGCCCGCCCCCAUCCUCCCACUUCGGCUCAAGAAGCAGGAGCACCAUCCGCUCCUUCCUCAACCUCAUGCGAACCUCGCAUCAGACUACACCACGUACCGCUCCGCCCUCUCCACCAUUCAUUUGGUCCAUCCAUGAACCGGAACCGGAACCGGGAAUGGGGCUGCUGGCCCAGCCACCCCGAGCACGGCGGAGGGAGAGCGAGGUGUUCUCGGAUGGGGCGUCGAGCGUCUCGAGGUACUCGUUGACGUCGUUGGCUACUCCGGAGGGGCAGCAUGAUCGGUAUCUGGAGAGCUUGGAAAGGGAUGGCGGGGGAGGGCGAAGACGGCAGGAUAGUAGGGAUUGGGUGUACCCCGAGGAGGUGUUCGUGGAUUUUUCGCAGGAGGGGAAGUCAUCUCGAUAG